AUGGGCAACGAAAUAGUUCAACCGGUGAAUAACUGUAAUGUUCGACAAAGUGUCCAAUUAAGUGACACGAUGCAUGUGGACAAAGACACCCUUCUUUUCGGUGACUCCAUCUUAGAGCUGAAUAAGAAGUACAAAGACGAGAUAGUAGUGACCAACUUACAGACGUUUAAAGUUAAUUUUAAGCUUGAACAAAUCUUUGAGAAGGACUUUCAGUUGAAAUUUACACCCGAGAAAGGUAGUCUUCCCCCAAAAGGCAAGAAGAAGAUCAAAGCGUCUCUUACACUCCGACAAAAGAUCAACAAGAACUUCAAAGUGAAUUUGAGUGCAGAGACCUUGGGGCAAAUAUUUUUAAAUGUACGUUUGCGGUCGGACUCUGGGGUGUUUGGGGUAGAUCCCGAUUCUUUAGAAUGGGUCCAACACCCUUCCCGGCAAAUGAUCUUACCACAAGUCAUAGUCACGCUUGAUAUAGCUUUUCGUGAAAGAGGAGGGUUUAAUUCAGAAGGUGUAUUUAGACUAGCUGGGGAACAAGGGAUGGUCAAAGGGUUGAAAGACAAAUUGAAUAAGAGUAAUGGUGCUAUAACCAAUGAUAUGAUGGGAGCCACUGUCGACGAAAUAUCCAAUUUAAUAAAGUUAUGGUUUCGAGAGCUUCCAAAGCCCAUUUUAAAUGUGUUGUCAUCAGACCAAAUCUUUUAUUCCGCAGAAGCUGCUGAGAGUUAUAAAGCGUAUCAAACACUUAAUGAGAAGUCGAGGACUUUACUUGACUGGUUAUUUGACUUAAUGAUUGAAGUGUCUCACAACAGAGAAGUCAACAAGAUGACGGUCCAAAAUUUGGCUAUAGUGAUCGCUCCAAAUUUGUAUGAACCCGAAGCUAUAGAUCCGAUGGAAGGACUCAUGAUGUCACAGAAAGCUGUCCAAUUCGUUCAGAACUGCUUGACUUAUAUAGAACAAACAAAACAAACGGCUCAACAGUAA